AUGUGUUUAUUAUUAAUCUCCAUUAAGGAAAAAGCUGAAGUCAAAGAAGCAUUUGAUCGUUAUCGUGAAGAAGUAACUGAAAUGGUUGAAAAUAUAGAAAUGGCCACUUUGGAUAAAGAAAUGGCAGAAGAAAAACUAGAAACAUUGACUGCAGAAAUUGAAUUACUUAAGGAACAAGUAGAAGAAUUAACUCUUGAGAAUCAAAUCUUGAAAGAAGAAUCUGAAGAAAAAGGUGGAGUAGCAGUCGGUGUUGAAGGCGGUCCAACUCCCUUACAGUUUAAAAAUCUUGAACAACAAAAUGAACGAAUGAAAGAAGCACUGGUCAAGCUACGUGACUUAGUUAAUCAAGAUAAAUCGGAAAUCUCAGCUUUAACUAAACAGAUUACAUCUUUAGAAUCAGAGGUUAGUCAACUGCAAACAGAAAAAGAACGAUUAACAAAAGAUGUUAAAGAUAGUGUUGAACAAAUUAUUGAAUUAAAAGAACAAGUGGAUGCUUCCCUUGGCAUUGAUACAAUGGUCAGUCAGUUGACACAACGUAAUUUAGAACUGGAAGAAGCGCUUGAGAAAAUUAAAGAAGAAAGAAAUGAUCUGGAAGCUCUUUGUGAAAUGAAUGAUGAAUUACAAGAGAAUAGUCGUGAAACAGAACUUGAACUACGCGAAGAAAUUGAACGAUCCCAUAGUAAAAUUAAUCAACUUGUACGUAAUUUAGAUGCAACACGUGAAACAAUUGCAGACUAUGAACAAACUUUUGUUAAAUUUAGAGAUUUAGUCUCUGAUUUACAAACACAAAAUACUGAUCUGCGUAGGUCAUUAGCGGAUGGCAAACGCUUACAAGAAGAAAAACAGCAACAAAAUGCCUAUGCUACAGUUGCAACAGAUCUUGUCGGUUCUACAGCUGCAUUUAUGGGGGGUAAAUUUGGACUAGGCUCUCAAGUACAAACUCUUGCUAAAGUAAUUGAAGCUGAAUUAAGACGCCUUGAAGCAGAACAAACUGCAAAUCAUGUGACGCGGUUAUCUGCUUUCUUACCUGACUCAUUUCUCCGACGUGGUGGUGAUAAUGAGGCAUUACUUUCACUUUUGUUAAUCGAUCGACUAGCUGGGAAAUGCGAUCUGCUGGCUAAUCAUCUUGUUGAACGUUAUCCAUUGCCUCCUUGUGUUCCGGGUCAAGCACCGCUACAGAUGCCUCAAGGUGAAACCAGUACUACUACUGCUGCUACUACUGACAAUCCAACUGAAGUUGUCAGCGGAAUUUGUAUUCCUGGUACUAAUAAUCCACUGCCACCGUUGACUAAAACAAAAUCAGAAUUCUUUAGUUUUAUAACUAGACUAAUUCAUCUACUCCGGUCAAUGUCUUCUUUGUUAGGCCAGUGUAAACAGGAAUAUGAACAAACCCUUGAUGCACUUCAAGCAGAUAUUGAAGCUUUAGAGCAGGAGAAAGCAGAACUUAAAGAGAAAUUGAAAACUUUAAGUAAAAAAGCCUUAUUCGAAGGAAUCAUUAAAACUCCAUUGGUCACUGGUCAAACUCCAUCUAAGGGUCAGGCUGCUACACCUGAGACUCCUUCAGUUGGUAAACAAACUUCUGUUGAGGGUGCAUCACCUUCACCUGGUCCUGCACGUCUAGCUGCCUACAGAGAUGCUUCAUUCAUGUCAAUGGAGAUUCAAGCCCUUCGCGAAGCUGUCCGACGUUUGUCUUCUGAGGUAUCUAAGCUACGUGGUGAAAAGAUGUUUAAUCAAAUGAAAAGUCUUGGAACUUUGCCAAAACCAAUACGUCGUCAAUAUCUCAAAGCUGUUGAUAAUAAUACCGCGAAUAAUGAAUCUCAACCAUCAUCCACUACAGAAGAAAAAGAAGAUGAAGUAGAAAAAGAACAAAAGCCUAUGAUAUCACAGGUGGCACGUGAGGCUGAUGCACUUCGAAAAGAAAUGUUUUCUGUUAUAGCUAAUCUUCAAAUAGUUCGAUUGCCUAAGCCGUCGAAACCAAUUGAAGAGCCUCCUUCAGGCGCUGGUGAUGGAUCCACACAACAACAACAGCAGCAACAACAGUCGGCUAAAGCCAUCGUGCCUACGCCUACAAUGCAAUUCAAUAGACAGACUGCACAAUUAGUGAAAUUGAAAAAUGAUUUAGAAAAGUUACAACAGCGUGCAGUUGAAGCUAUCAAGACAGAAAUUCCAGGUGCAUCAAUUCAAGCCGAUUUUACAUCCUUCCCAUCAGUAAAAUUAAAACGUCUAUUUAAUGCUGAAAAUAAGGAAAAUCUUCCGCUACGUUCUCGUUUAGUAUUCCCUGGUGGAGAUGAUUGUAAAAUGAAUCCAACAAAAGUUUGCAUGACUAGAGAAGAUCAACAGAUUCUACAUUCACAUUUACUUAAAUAAAUGCCUGUUGUUUUAUCAUUUGUUGUUGUGUUUUUUUUUG